AAAAAUAUGUUUCAAACAAGUUGGGAGAUUAAAAUAAGUUUUAUUUUAUUUGUGAUUCUGCUCCUCAUUAAAAAAAAAAAAAAUCAGAGAAAAAAAAAAAAAAGAAUAAAAUGUUUAGGAAUUUUUACUCACUCUGGAACAUAUUUGCAGACAGGCAAUCUCAUGAGCCAGCUGCGAGGGUCCUAGACGGGAACACCUUUCCAAAAUGGCAGCCAACAGUAGCAGCACGGGUAGUAAAUCCAGCAGCAGUACCGGUGGAAAACAGUCCGGACCGUCGGCUGAACAGGUGGUGUCAACAUUUCAGAGGAUGCGUCAGGAACAGCGUAAUAUGGCUUCGAAGGCUGCCGAGCUGGAGAUGGACAUCACUGAGCACAGUUUAGUCAUUGAGACCCUAAAGGACGUGGAUCCUUCGAGGAAGUGCUUCCGCCUCGUAGGCGGGGUGUUGGUGGAGAGGACUGUAAAAGAAGUUCUACCUGCGCUGGAAAACAACAAAGAACAGAUCUCCAAAAUAAUCGAGACCAUCAACACACAAAUGCAGGCGAAGGGUCGGGAACUCACAGAGUACAGAGAACGUUACAACAUCCGUCUUGUUGGAGAGGGUGAAGCAGAGGCACAGGGUCCGUCAGCGCCCAACUCCAGAGACAGCGAAGGAGGCGAAUCCCAGAGCGGAGCUGGAGUUCUCGUCUCGUAGUUUGUAAGGAUGGACUGUGACAGCAGGCCCUGUGGAUUUCUGCAGCACUGAAAUAAAAACACAUCUUAAGUCAGAAAGUCUUGGUGGAAAUCUGAACUCCUCCCGACAUACCUUUGGUUUUGGUGAUUUACUGUAAUUUUUGCUAAAUGAAACUCAUUUGCAUCAGUUGACAGUUGUAUCCUCAUAAAGGCUUUUUGUCUUUUAUCUGCCUUUCUGAUUAUUUUUAUUUCCCAUUAUUGUCUCAACUUCAACAAAUAAAUUCAAUGUCAAGAAUACGUUUGACGUUUUUGCCAACAGGUAGACAUAAUGUUCAAGACUGAAGAAAACGUUUUUUUUUUUUUAUGAAGCUUUUGGUUGAAAUUAAUUGCAAAAACUAUGAAAACAAUCAUCUGAAUGCUCAGAGCUAAUAAAAUCUGAUUAAUUUUAUGAAAACGCACUCUUGAUGGGAGCAAGUUGAGUAGAGUUGUUUUGUGGCAGAACAGGUUGAGUCUUAGAAAAUCCUCAGAGUAGGUAAUGAGUUUUUUUUAUUAUUGCAUCUCCCAUGAACAUGUUUAUUAAUUUAGAACAUUCUCAUCAGACAUGAUUAAUGCAGAGAGCUGAGUGUAAGGAUGACGUGAAGCCAGUUUGUAAAAUAGUAACCAAAACAUACAUCAAGUUCUCAAUAAUAGUU